AGUAUGUAUGUAUGUAUUGCUAGCUGUGUGCAGAGAUUUUGCAGCAGGGAAGAAGCGGCCGACACACGCGUAAAUAGUACCGCCGGCGUGGCCUCCAGGGCGUCACAUUAGAUCUUUUAAGUGUUGUUACUAUUCUCUUUGGCGUAUAGCUGCAUCGACAGAGGUUUCUGUUUGCCAACCUGCCCAUCAUCACAUGCGCUUCACAGUUUGGGUUUCACACCUUGAUCACCACAACGUGUUCUCACUUCUUGCAAAAAAAAAAACCCGCACGGGUUUUUCAAGUGAAGGUCAGCAACUGCCCCCCCCCUCCCCAGCGUUUUCACCUGCGGUGAGAGAGACGGGAUCCCUUUUUUUUGGUUGCUGCUGGCUUUCACGCUGGCAACUGUGUGGUGGAGAAGCUUUCUUCGUUUGCUUUCUUCUUCUUUGUUUUUUCUUCGUAACCGCUGUUAUCCAAUACCGCGGUAGGACCCUUUCUCUUUCUCUUCUUCCUGUUGUGUUGCUGCAUUGCGGCGACCUUGAAACCACGACCGUCUUCCUCGCGAAUGGUGGCACUUAGUUCACCCGGACCAACGUGGUACACAGCUACGACCAUCGCUUCAUUAACUUGUCCUUGCCGUAGAGAGGCGGCUUCUCUGCCUCGGCUUAUUCGCGCAGUCUCUUUCGAUAAGGACUAAGUCCGCCCCAACGUCUCUUCGUUGGCAAAUCCGACACUGCAGCGCAGUUCGUUCUUUCUCGCUUGAAAGCUUUUUUUUUUAGUUUUAUUCCGCUAAUGACGCUGUCAACGCACCCCGCCGUCAAGGGCACGACGUACGCCGUUGUGUGCCCGCUGUGCUACAACCCAAUGAACUUUGAAUGCGUCAGUGAGAGAAUGUACGGCGUGCGAUGCGACACCUGCAGCGCUAUGAUUGACCUGCGCAACCCGACUGAGACGCUGGCCGACAACGACGGCGGCGUCAAUGACGACUCCGCCCGCCAGAGCGAGCCCGUCUACUACGCUGGUGAUGUGGAAGUCUCGACGGGGCUCUCUGCGAGUGCGCAAGUGAUCCAGCUGGUGCGGAACGUGGAGGCGGAGAAGCGGAAGGUGAUGCCGACGCAGAUGACGGGCGAAACGACGCAGGCCUUUGCGGCGCAACGCAACCAAGCCCUCGCGGAAAAGUUCUCCUUCUUCUACCCCGUUACGUAUGCUAUUGAGUACCUCGUGUUUGGUCGCACGCCGUACGCGAAACUUGGCCACGUGCGGAUUUUCCGAAAGAGGAUUCCGUUCUACGGCUACGUGAACUUCUGUGCCCCACGCACCACCACGUCGUACGCAGCGCCGUUCACCUUCACGUCGACGGUGUUCAUCCUCUUCAACUGGUUCUGUGCCCACAUGCAGCUGGACUGGAUGCCGUUGUAUCUAUACACGGAGUGGGUGCUCGUGUUUCUCUUUUUUUUUCUAAUGUUCCGCCUCGCCUACAGCGACCCUGGGUACAUCAAACCUGGAUAUAUGGAAGAUUCCACACAAGACGGCAACGGUGUCUCCGGUGCCAACGGCGAACUGACGCUCCGUGACAUCGAGAGCAACCAGAAAGACAGCAUUUGGGAGAUGGUAGACGGCGUUCCCAUGGAGCGCAAGUGGUGCGCCAGCUGCGCCAUGCAUCGCCCGGUGCGGGCGGCGCAUUGCUACAUCUGCGGGCUCUGCUGCUACGACCACGAUCACCACUGCAGCGUCAUCGGCGUGUGCGUCGGCCGUCGCCGAGUGGAGAUGUUCUCCUGCUUUGUCGCGAUCGCCGCCACGGCGUGCUUGCUGCCCACCGUGGUGAUUCUGUAUGCGGUGUACACGCACCCGGAGCGCAUUACGACGACGUUGCAGAUGCUCACCUGCGCCUUUCUCGUCGUGCCGGUGACGUUCUUUGCGGCGCUGCUCUCCGCCACCGCGGUGGGGAUGUGCCUCUCCUGCGUGCAGGAGACCACCACGCGCGAGCGCAUUCAGCGCGUGUAUGUGCAGAAGCGCAACCCGUUUAACCGCGGUGUGCUGAGGAAUCUGCAGUACCACCUGCUGCAGCGCCGUGUGGCGCCGUCCAUCUUCGAUGACGAGUUUGUGAAGGAGUGUGCGCGGCAUACGGAGGAGCGCGAGUUGGGGACGGCCGUGACGGUCACGUGUGUGUGA